GUACCGUCAGUACCAAGCGUACCGAGUGCGUGAUCGCAAAUUUGCAAUUCUAUUACAGCUGUGAAUGUUUUUAGUGGGCCAACUUGUUUGUCUGUAGCGAAUUCGCGUAAAAAUAAUUAUUUUUAUAACGAAACUUGUACAGUUUCGUUAUGAAUCUUAAAGAGAAAGAAAAAUACAUUGAGGAAUUCGAUUUUCCCUACUGCGAUGAAGCAUCCAAGUAUGAAAAAGUUGCCAAAAUUGGACAGGGCACCUUUGGAGAGGUGUUCAAAGCAAGAGAUAAAUCAAACAGUAAAAAAUUUGUCGCUAUGAAAAAAGUACUCAUGGAUAAUGAAAAAGAAGGUUUUCCAAUCACAGCUUUACGUGAAAUCAGGAUUCUACAACUUUUAAAGAAUGAAAAUAUUGUAAACCUGAUAGAAAUUUGUAGGACGAAAGCAACUCAGUAUAACAAAUAUCGCUCCACAUUCUAUCUCAUCUUUGAUUUUUGUGAACAUGACCUUGCUGGUUUAUUGUCAAAUGCAAAUGUCAAAUUUAGUUUAGGAGAAAUAAAGAAAGUAAUGCAACAAUUGUUAAAUGGGCUGUACUACAUUCACAGUAAUAAGAUAUUGCAUAGAGACAUGAAGGCUGCAAAUGUCCUUAUUACAAAAAAUGGUAUUUUAAAAUUAGCUGACUUUGGUCUUGCAAGAGCAUUCAGUAUAAAUAAAAAUGGACAAGCUAACCGUUAUACAAACAGAGUAGUUACCCUUUGGUACAGACCUCCGGAAUUAUUAUUAGGUGAUCGCAACUAUGGGCCACCAGUGGAUUUGUGGGGUGCUGGUUGUAUUAUGGCUGAAAUGUGGACAAGGUCACCAAUCAUGCAGGGGAAUACAGAACAGCAGCAGUUAACUUUAAUAUCACAACUUUGUGGUUCUAUUACUCCAGACGUUUGGCCUGGAGUAGAAAAAUUAGAUUUGUUCAAUAAGAUGGAAUUACUUUUAGGGCAAAAACGAAAAGUUAAAGACAGAUUGAAGCCAUAUGUAAAAGACCCAUAUGCUUGUGAUUUACUUGACAAAUUGCUGAUCCUUGAUCCAAGUAAAAGAUUUGACUCUGAUUCUGCUUUAAAUCAUGACUUUUUCUGGACUGACCCUAUGCCUUGUGACUUGAGUAAAAUGUUGGCACAACACACACAAAGUAUGUUUGAAUACUUAGCUCCACCAAGAAGACCAGGACAUAUGAGACAUCCACAUCAUCAAGUGCCAGGUGGACAAGCCAAGCAAAGUUCCAGUGCUGUUGAUACAAGUUAUCAAGAUCGAGUCUUCUAGCAAAGUAAUUUUCAUACUCAACGAAGUUUAACUGUGUUCAAAGAUUGUUUAAGAUAAAAAACAAGAAAAAAAAUGGAGACUGAAGCUCAAAGUUGUAUAUGCUACCAUAUGACAGUAAAUAUUUUUUUAAAGAAAUACUUAAGUAUUUAAAAAUUGGACAAUGACUAAGUAUUUAUAUUCUUUUCACAGAAAUACUACAUUGUUUAACAAUUAACAAAACAAAAACUGUACAAUGUUUGAACAUAAUUUAAGUGAUUUAGUUUAACAAAAUAAUGUACUAUUAAAUUUGAUAGCUUGUAUUUGAAAAUUUUUUUGUACAAUAAACAUUUUAUCUCUUGAUUAUAUGUUUCUACUUUAAAAAUAGAAGAUACUUAGUGGUAUGACUUAAUUAAUUUGGAUUUUAUUGAUUUUUACAAUAACAAAAAAGAACUGUU